UGUUUUAUGUUUGUGCUGGAUGCCACCCCCUACGGCAGUGGUUUGCCGGAAAAUGGUGAGUGACGACGAAUCUCCGGCGAAAUCCAUGGAGGCUCGGCGGCGGCGGAUGGUGAUGCGGCGAUCCUCUGCCAUCGAAUGUCCCACCGAGCAAUCAUUAUUACCGAAGAAUAACGAGAAUAAUCCUCCAAAGCGACGGGAGAAGAGGCGGGACAACUCCCAACGCCUCGACGAUGGCAAGCGGAAUCGGGAGUGUUCUCCAUCGUCGUCAUCCUCCUCUUCGUCCUCGUCCUCGUCCUCAUCGAAAUCUUCGUCGAGCGAAGAAGCAGAAGUUACCAAAGCGAUGCCAUCGACCACCACGGGGAAGUUUCUAGCAGACGAUCUAGUGCCGGUUUUCGGUUCGAUAUCGGUUUCAGGACGAUGCCGCGAAAUGGAAGACGCCAUAUCCGUACAACCGGACUUUUGCCGACCUGAAAUAUCUGGCCGCCGACCGCUUCAUUUCUUCGCUGUAUACGACGGACAUGGCGGCUCUCACGUGGCGAUACUCUGUCAAGAAAUGAUGCAUGUGUUCUUGGAAGAGGAGUUGAUGCGGGUCGCGUCAAACUCCGGUGAGCGCAGCAGCUCGGCGGCACAAAAACAAGCUGUGGAGGAAGUAUCGCAGGAGGAGAGGUGGAAGACGGUGAUGGGGAGGUGCUUCGAGCGGAUGGACGAGGUGGCGCUGAGCUCAUGUGCAUGCGGGGGCAUAACCUCCCCAUGUAGGUGCGACCAGGCCGGGGUGACAUCCGAGAUUGUGGGCUCCACCGCCGUUGUCGCUCUUCUCACCACCGAUACCAUCCUCGUCGCCAACUGCGGCGACUCUCGCGCUGUUCUCAGCCGCGGCGGAAGGGCUAUCCCUCUCUCUACCGAUCACAAGCCAGACAGGCCUGAUGAACUAGCAAGAAUUGAAGCAGCUGGUGGCCGUGUUAUCUACCUAAGUGGAGCUCGAGUGCUUGGAAUCCUUGCCAUGUCCCGUGCUCUCGGUGACAAGUAUCUAAAACCGAUAGUAAUCUCAGAACCAGAGUUAACAAUCACAGAAAGGACCCCUGAAGAUGAGUGCUUGAUCCUUGCAAGUGAUGGCUUGUGGGAUGUCCUCUCAAAUGAUUUGGCUUGUGAAGUUGCUCGCAAGUGCCUCCACGAGGAAGGUUCCUCCUCUACUGCAGCCAGAAUCCUCAAUGCAGAAUCUCCGGAUGAAGAUACUGGGACAGAACAAAUGAACCAAUCGAGAUGCUCUCUUGCAGCUGCGUUACUUACUCGCCUUGCGCUGGGACGGAAGAGCUCAGAUAACAUUAGCGUCAUUGUCAUUGAUUUAAAAAGAGGUUGAGAUGGAACGAAUUGGAGAGGUUCACUACCCAGUUCCAACUUUGA